AUGGUUAAGCUAGUGGUUUUCAUCCUCGUCAUCUCAUGGUUUGUAGGUUCGGCCGUGUCGCAGCCACCACCUCAUGCGACACCCCAGGUUGUGACUAUACAGUACGACCUGGUGCAUGGUAGCUACACUUCAUUCAUCGACGAUCUCCGAACCAAGCUUGCCAACCAUCCAAGCCCGGGAGACAUCAACGGCCAUCCGCUGCUCACCCCGCGGCGCUACCCCAACAGCCCAGCUAGGUGGAUGCACAUCAGCAUCUCAGCCGGCGGGGCAGCCACGACAACGCUUGUUCUUCGUGACGACACUUUAUACGUUGUCGGCUUCACGGGUGAGGGCGGGAGUUGGUACGAGUUCGGAUUUCAGGGGGAAGCCCACCAGAUCCAAGGAUCAAUUUUUCUUGAGUGCGGUAAUACUUACAAGGACCUAGUGGGUGGAAAAAGUGGUGCAGAAGUCAGGAUGAACCUGCAAGGGCUGGACCUGGGCAAGAACAUGGCUGUCGCUGCAGUUACUACGCUCUCAACAUAUGUACAGCCUCUCCCUCCCAACAAGCCCAUUGACGCCACCAAGCUCGCCCUGGCUGCGAGGCGGCUAGGCUGA